AUGGGACUGAGUGUGAGAGUUAGGGAAUUGAUGAGGACCUUGUGCAUAUCGACCGAGCCGAAACACUCACAAGAACUUCAAAACAUUUUUGGAGGCCGAAGAGGAGAAGUUCGUCAGUUAAUUAUGUGGAUAGUUAAUGACCAAUUCAUGAAGGGCAUUCUAAUCUGCGCUCUACUGAGCAUAUGUGCACUUUCCGUAUCUGCUAAACUUCAAAAUGUUACUGUGAAAGGAGUAGCAGUCUGUCAGAAGAGGAGGUUAGCUAAUCAACGCGUACAGCUUUAUGACAGGGAUACUUUGGAUCCUAAUGAUCUUCUGGCUGAGGUCCACACUAACAAGGAAGGUGAAUUCGAAUUGUACGGUGAGGAAGAUGAGGUCGGCAGCAUCGAGCCCUUCAUUCGCAUUCACCACAACUGCAAUGCAAAGCCUGGGUGUACUCGAAUCGGCGACUACAAUGUACCUCAUGACAAGAUCGGAGGCGUCUACGACAUGACCUAUGUCACACUGGAUAUCAAUCUCUGCCUAGUGAUGCGCUCUCUGGCACUUCUUGUCGCCUUCGUGCUUUGUUCGGUCUCGGUAAUGGCCAAAAUGCAGAACGUCACCGUAAAAGGUGUGGCCGUCUGCAACAAAAAGCGUUUGGCCAACGUCCAUGUGGAACUUUAUGAUAAGGACACUUUGGACCCCAACGACCUUCUGGCCGAAAUGCACACCAACUCUGAGGGAGAGUUCGAGUUGUUCGGACAGGAAGACGAGGUCGGCAGCAUUGAGCCAUUCAUUCGCCUCACCCACAACUGCAUGGUUUCGAAACCGGGAUGCAUGCGCAUCGGAGACUAUGUUGUGCCACAUGACAAGAUCGGUGGCGUCUACGAUAUGACCUAUGUAACCCUCGACAUCAAUGUCCAUGGCGAGAAGGAAAAGUGCUAG